AGAUGGUUUUAAGAUUUAUGUAAGUCGCUUUAGAGCCAGCAUCUGACUGAUGCACUUGAGAUGGGGAGGAGUUAGGGAGUGUGUGCGCUGGUGCCUGCAUGGGUGCACAGUUACCCCUAAAUCCAGGGCCAACAGGACGUCCCCUCUCUGACGUGCGGCGGGGGUGCCGGGGGAGCACCCGCAACACCAGGCGCUGCUUUAAAAGCCCCCUCUGUCCACUCUGCGAGACGGUCCUACUUGUCUCUUGCGCGCAAGUUUAUCAGCAGCUCUGACAGGCUACGAUUUGAAACUUCAAACUUUGUCCAACACAAAAGGGCAGCGGUAAAUUUAAGAGAAAAAAAUUGUAAUUUUUGGCCUUCUUUUCGGACUUCGUCAACAAAUGUGGCUUCUUGGAUCAACUUCCCAAGUGAUGAUGGAUGAGCGCCUGUCUCCUGCCGCACGCUCCGUCCAGAGUCCGGGGGACAACUCGUCUACCAUCCACAGCAUAGAGGCGAUACUGGGAUUUAAAGAGGACACCGUCUUCCACAAGUCAGCCUCCUACAGCGUGGCGGAUAAAGUUUUGGCCAAAGAUGCUGAGCGGAAUGUAAUUGUGACCCCAAUGAAGAAAAGUCAUUCCUCAGAAAGUUUUGACAGUGUGUGUUGCGCCAGUAGCGCCGCUGAAGCCUCCGUCUGCCCGGACUCACCGGACCGAGACGGCAAACUGUCCGACGAUGAAAACCCCAAGAAGAAACACCGCCGAAACAGGACGACAUUCACCACCUUCCAGCUCCACGAACUGGAGCGGGCUUUCGAGAAGUCCCAUUACCCGGACGUGUACAGCAGGGAGGAGCUGGCGCUGAAGGUCAACCUGCCGGAGGUCCGAGUGCAGGUUUGGUUCCAAAACCGGCGGGCCAAGUGGCGUCGGCAGGAGAAGCUGGAGGUGAGUUCCAUUAAGCUCCAGGACACCUCCUCCUCCUCCUUGCUCUCCUUCAGCCGCUCUCCCACCAGCUCCCUGGGCUCCAGUCUGCAGCUGGACUCCUGGCUCUCCACCCCGAUCGCCACCUCCACCUCCCUGCAGUCCCUCCCGGGCUUCAUCACAGGCUCGCAGGGCCUCCCGGGUACUUACACCCCUUCUCCUCCACCUUCCAUGCCCUCUUCCUUGCCGGCCUCUUUUCUCAACUCACCGGCCCUGGGACACAGCCCUCACCUGCCCCACAUCGGCUCCAUGUGCCCCCCGCCCCCGGUGUACCAGUGCUCAGGCGAUCCAAGGAACUCCAGCAUUGCCUCACUGAGAAUGAAGGCCAAGGAACAUAUUCAAUCGAUUGGGAAGACGUGGUGAUGCUGAGAGGUCAAAAAUGGAUACGAACACAUCAUGCUGCAUCUUUUGAGAAACUGACUUCAUCUUCAUGCUGACAGGAUUUUUAUUUUGGAAGAAUUAAAGAACGAAAUCUCCGGUUGGCAUCCGGGAUUAGAGACAUCCGCUCCACUUAUAAGGGUAACACUUUGAGCAGUAUAGGCUAUAAACAUUUAAUAAAUGGUACAUUGAAGUUUUGUGGUACAAGAGUUUAUUAAGGUAUUUGUCAACAACCGCAGCUCCUCCUGUUUCCUGAGACUGAGGUAUAAACAACUGCUGAAUGACAACAUAGUAAAAACACAGCAGUAAGUAUGUCUUCAGGAGAAAUUGUUACUCCUGUACUUCUACUUGCAACUUAUUAAAUGUUUGCAUACUGCUUAGAAAUGCUAACUAAGUGGACUUAGUGUUUCGUUUAUAAGCAGCAAUCUGAAAAUCUGUGAAAUUCCUGUAAAAUAUGACACUGAUGAACAGUGAUGAUCUAUUGUUUCUCUUCUCCUUCGUCUUCCUCGAAAGUUUUACAUUUAUUUUUUCCAGUAUCACGUUACCAACAUAUGAAGUCCAUUAGCACCCCUCAGUAUUUAUUCUGCUUUUGUAAAUAGAGCGCUCCUCAUUUUUGAUUCUUCUUCCUUGCUGGUUUUUGAUCUUCAUCUUCAUGAAAGAUUAAACAGAUGUGAAUAUUUUCUCUAUACAAUAAACUUUUUAUGGAAACACCACGAGCAAAACAGCGACUGAUCGAGUUUUCCCGGCCAAUUUGUCACAUUUGAGACAUGCAGGGUUUUCAGAAAUGUCUGAAAGAAAUUAAAGAGACAAAUGGGGAAAAUGUGUGCACAUCAGGAAUGACUGUGAUGCAGAGGGACACACACAGCAGAAAAGUGUAGGAGAAAAGUGUCCAUGACCUGCAGCUGAUCUGCCAAUAUCACAGUUGUAUAAAAAUAUUUAAUCUCGCUGCAGAGUGUUGAGUUCAGCCUACACUAAUUAGGCGAAAUAUUGAAUACAGCACCCCCUAGUGGUGAAAUCUACUAACAGGAUUUGGAGGGGGAAAGCAUUUUUAAGAAAUGAAAUUUAAAAUUAACACUAAAUGCAAUGCUGAUGAUGAGGAAAACCAGUUGACACUUUCAGCUGUAAUUUUCAGAAAUAAUUCUGAAGUGAAUUUGCGAAUGAGGUCUAAAGCCCUUUACAUUGGCUUCAAAUAGAGCCACACAUACUGCAAACGCAGCUUCAUUUAAUCCCUUCGUGGUAUAAUUUUUCACACCACCUUAACAUUUAAUCAUUCAGUUUAAUAAGAAUAAAGGGUGUUAGUAAGAGGCAGCUUAAAACCCCCAGACUUCCUCCUCCUGUUUUACACAAUGAGUUUGUCAACCCACUCAUUUGCUCCUCAUUAGCUCCUGUAUACUUUAUCCCAUUCGCUC